UUGGAAAUUAUUUAUAGAAAAUCAAUCGAUUUUCUAAAAGUUAGAAAAUCGCUGUCGAUUUUCCAACUUUUUAGAAAUUCCUUAUCGAUUUUCUGGCAAAUGAGAAAAGUCAAUUUAUAGAAAAUCGCUUAUAAAGCAGAAAAUCAACAUUUUCUAAACAGUCAGAAAAUCGCUGAGGAUUUUAUAAAAGUUGAAAAAUCCUUGGCGAUUUUCCAGAUCGAUUUUCUAUAAAGUAGAAAAUAAUUCCAAAUUACAGUGUAUAAAUGCGCAAAAAUAAUGUUGAUGAGUAAAAUGGACAUAGUGAAGUUUUAAAAAUUCUUCUCUUUUUCCGUUUUUGAGACUUAAUACAACAGAGAAGAUCAUGCAGUCGUAAGAGAAAAUAAGUCUGAAAAUUUUACAUUACAUUCUUGUUUUAAUGGUGUAUUAUUAGUAUUCUACUAUAGUAGGACAAUACGCCAUACGUCUCCAUAAUUUGUCUUAAUAGCUGUGCUUUGUUCCUUGUCUAAACCGCUCCACAACAUAUCAAUUUAAUGGCGAAAUUUUAAAAGCGUGUUCAGCCAGAAUUGGUCACAGACUCAAAAUUUGUUGUGUACAAGGUAAUCGACUAUGCAGAGUUUGAAUCUGUAAUCAGUUUUGGCCGAAUACGCUUUUAAAAUUUCUCGACUGAUAUGUAUGAGCCUAAUCCACUCCCUUAAUCUGAUAUGAGGUUCCAACUUGCGGUCAUGCUACAAAGAUCUUAGUCGCCAUCUCUUAGCAUGAAAACAAUAAAAUGGAGCUCUAAAUAAUAACGGCGUUCCCCUUCAAGAAAAUACUAAACACCUCCCUAAAGGAUGUACUUGAGAUCAAGUACUUAGAAAAGUACUUGGCUAAGUAUUGUCCAGAAUACCUGGAGUUUUUUGCAAGUAGAAAAGGUACUUAUCAAGUAAUUUAACAAGUGUAAGUAUUAGACAAGUACUUCAUCAAGUAUUUGGCAGGUAACCUGGUAAGUACUUGCGAAAUAUAUGCAAGUAUCCGCAGUUCUUCUAAGUAUUUGGUGCGUAUUAAAUCUAAAAAAACUUAACAAGUGCUUAACCAAGUACUUUAGAAAAUUUCCAAGUAUCUACGUACUUGAUCUCAGGUACAUUCGGAAUGUACUUGAGAUCAAGUAGCUAGUAGGUCUUGGCAAGAGGGCUAACGAGGGAACCUCCCGAGGUAAUAAAUCGCUUUUUGACCGAAAUUUAGUGGAUUAUAGGUUAUCAACCAUGCUGAUUCCGAAUAUGACCAUGGGGAUUCCCCAUAGCUCUUCGAAGAUCCGAUCUUCUGGAAAACCACUUUUUCAGAAACUAAAAAAUAACCCAAACCUUUCUUGACAAUGCAGGAUUGUAGCCCGCAAAUGUCUGAUUAAGAUGAGACUUUCCCCAACUCUAUACGACCUUUCUUUGCAAAGUUAUGGAAUUUAUAAGAAAAGUCCUAAUUGUUCAUUGCUAGCUCAAAGCUACAGAAGUAAGAAAUUAAUUUAGGGCUUUUCUUAUAGAUUCUAUAAUUUUACAAAGAAAGGUCCUGUAGAGCUGGGGAAGUCUCAUUUUAAUCAGACAUUUGCUGCAAUAUUACAACCUUGUUAAGAAAGAUUUGGGUUAUUUUUAGAGUUUCAGAAAAACUGGUUUUCCAGAAGGCAAAAAGUGACUUAUCACCUCGGGAGGUUCUCUCAUAAGUGUCGUCUUGUAAUCUUAGUUAAGGGUUGACUUAAUUCACGAUAUUUUGUCCAAAGUCUCAACUCACCUAGACCGUUGCCUACCCUAAAUUCACGCAAAGCUGCUAAUAUACAUGUAUGUUACAUUUAUUGUGCUUCUCUUGUCGAUAGGUGGAGCUAGCCUUGUGCAGAAUGGCAGAACGAUCGUCAGGAAUUUCCAGUAUAUUGUUCAAUUAUGUUAAGCAUCCCCAAAUGAUUCAGCACGUUAAGAUUGCAGAACUUGUUCUGAUUCCUGAUUCCACUCAUUCGUACAUCCAGUCCUGCGCGCAAAUAUUUAUGAUUGGUGAAUCAGACUUUAAGGGCAAGGCGCUUUGUUUAAAACAAAGGUGAUCGUGAGGAGAGAUAGAAAAGAUGGAGAAAAUUUCUCCUUUGAUUGAUAUGAUAAUAGUCAUUCUAAUGAUUUUUGAUUAAUUUAUUCUUGUAAAUAGUAAAUAAUUUGUUCGCUAGAAAUGACAUCAAAGCUUCAAGAAAAACUGGUGUGUACCUGAAUACAUUUACGGUAAUAGUAGUUAGUUUACUGAUUAUUUUUGUUUUUUAGAAACAGUUGAACAAGCAAAAAGAACUUUUUGAUAAAGAUGAUGUCAAAAAUUUCGUACAUAAGACUGUUCGUACCGAAUUAGUUAUUAAUCAUAAUGAACACAACAAACAGCAUUAUCAGCCAUUACCAAGACAGCAGUAUAUUCAACAAAAGGAACAACAAAACAAUUAUGUUUCUUCUACUGCUUCAAAAAUAAAAAAAUCAGCUAUACCACAGCCACAAAUUCGUGUCAAACAAAUGACGGAAAAAUUUGAAAAAAUUCUGUGUUUACAUCAACCAACAGAGGAAAAACAGUUAAACAUUCCCGAAAAACCUAGAGAGAUGAAAAAGAAACGAGUUGAACUGUUUUCCGAAUCUGAUGUAGAAAAUAUAUAUCUUCUUGAUGAGCAAACACGCUCACUAUCGGUUGGUCAAUUAAAACAGUAUGACCAACCAGACUCAAUUCAAAAACUAACCUUCAAUCUAAAACAAUUACCAUCUGCCAAUGAUGCGGAUCCGUCAUGCUUUUCAAGCAAAAUAAAUGUUAAGAAAAUGGCUCAAAAAUUCGAAAAUAUACUAACAUUCCAACGACUUAACGAUGAUAAUGAUGAUUUUCCAAGUGCAAAAAAUCCACCUGAGACAAAUCAUAAACUAUCACCAUCUGUCGUUCAACCUGACAAUAAUGUUUUUCUAUUACCACCCCCACCUGCACCGCCUCUUCCUCUCAGUUUUCAGUCAGCUAACUUGCCUUUACAUGGACGAGAAAAUUCUUCUGUUCAUAUUAUAUCACAACAAAGUUUCAAUCAAAAAAUGGAUAUUGAUAAACAAACAUCGACACCAAAACGUAACAAACAACAACAGGAACACGAUUUACAACGCCAACCAAUAAUAGAAAAUGGAGAACCAACAGGCGAACUAGACCAUACCUUAGAAGUAAAUGUGGAUAGAAGAAAUCUAGUUGAAAAGAAAACAGAAGAUGAAAAAGAAUCAGAACCUAUGUAUCACAUGGAUAUUAGCGAACAAGUUACACUAUUAGCUCCCAAUCGUCAUCAACACGUAACAAAUGGUAUUUACGUUAAUAUGAUGACAAAUUACAAAAAUGAUACUGGGGCAUUUAAAGUGACAAACUUAGAUGAUGAUACGUAUGCUAAUUCGGAUUAUGAAAUGAAAAUUCAAAAACUUCAUCGUCAAGUAUCGACACGAUCUAUGUCUGAUCCAACAUUGAAUAAAGCGAACUAUUCUCCAAUGAAACCUCCAAGAAUUUAUUAUAACAACGAUGAUAGUACAGAUGAAUUGAACGAAUCACAAUUAGUUUAUAGUUUAACUGAUUAUCGUUUAUAUAAUGCUGAAAAGAAAAAAAUGCAACGAAAACAUAUUAUGAAAACAACUUCUCGAUCUCAACAACUUAGUCCAAUCAGUACACAAAUUCUUACUUCAUCUUCAUCAGCCACAACUACAAUAGAAGAUAGUGAAAAACGUUUGGCAAAAAAAUGGCUUGUUAUUGAUGAAUUACACCGUUUAACUGAAUUAUCAAAACGUGAAACAACUAUAUUACAGCAAACAUCAUUGGCAUUACAAUGGUGUACGAAUGAUCCUCACACAGCAUUAUCCGAUAAAAAAAUUGAAUGUGAACGCGUUAUUUUUAUUGCACGUCAAAAAUUAACUGCGUACAAUAGUGAAAUAAAACGAUUGGAAAAUUGUGAUCCUGAUAUGGAAUAUUAUUUGUCUGGAUUAUCACGUAGUACACUAGUUAUCCAAGAUUUAAGAUUAAUAAUUAAAGAAGAUUACAUUCGUUCACUUCGAAAAGGAACAGAAACAAAAUUCUAUUAUUUCAUGUAUUUAAUGAAAUAUCGUUCGCAAAUAUUAUUUUCUCACAUGUUUUCGUCACUGGAUACAUUACAAGCGAAUGGUCAAAUAACAUUUUCUAAUCGAAUGAUGAUCAGAGAAGUAGAUAGUAAUUUUGCAGCAACAAUCGGAGUUUAUUGUAUGGAAAUUACAAUGAAACAUCCGAUUAUGGGAUUUGAUUAUUCAAGUAUUAGUGGAGCUGCAAAUGAUGGAAUUAAUCAUAUGUGUUUUCCACUGCAUGACUGUAGGCAUUGUGAUAAACAAAGUUUAAACACAACAGUUGCCAUACCUGGUCAACACACGAAAAAUAACACAAUGAUUCGUGUCAGCAGUUUUUUUCAAGUCGAUACAAUAACAAUACGUAAAGAACAUUUGAAAUAUAAUGAAUUUCAUUUAUCAAUAUCGGCAGCAUCAAUACCAUUGAAAAAUAAAUUGUAUGUUAAAAUACAGCGUUUAUCCGAACUGAAUGUACGAAGAAGUGGAUAUUUGACAAUCUAUGGUGAUGUUAGUGGUUCGGGUGUCUGGCUUCGACGUUGGUUUGCUUUGACGAAUGAACAUAGACUAAAAUAUUGGUCAUCCCCAGAGGAUGAAGAAACCAAUCAUAUUGCAUCAGAGGAAAUUGAUUUACAUUAUUGUAUUGAUCAUUCCGUGAAUGUUCUUCAACGUGAAACAUGCGCCCGUCCACAUACAUUUGAAUUGCGUAUUGCUUUACCAACGAAGAAGCCAAGCGAGAAUGGUUUAGUUAUACAAAAUCAAACAGAUUAUAAUUCAUUUCCGAAAUCGAUUAUAUCUCAACCUUUUGGUAAACGUACACUCUAUCGAUAUUGGCUAAGUGCUGACUCGAAAGAAGAUCGAAAUGCCUGGUGUCAAUCCAUUAAUGAUGUAUUAGAAGAUUUAAGAGAAUGGGAAUCGGAUACUCAACAAAAAUGA